GGUCGGCCGCCGUGGGCCUCCGGGCCUGCUGCGGCGGCGCGGCCGGUUGAGGCCGGGCUCGGCCCGGCCCGCGACGGCUGGCCGCCGACGAGCGCGCUCGCGCUGCUCGUCAAGAUGGCGGCGGUGGCGAUUGCGGCGACAAAAGUUCAGGCGUACAGCGCUCAGGCGCCUGUCGUCUUUCGUCUUUUGUCGCAUUUCGCACACGCGCGCGCCGCGCGACCCGCGUCGCUCCGCGAGGGCAUGAUCCUUCCGCGAUUCGAACCCGCAGCCAAAAGCUGCUCGCUCGAACCGCGGCCGACUCUGCCACCGCGGCCGCAGCUGCUGAGCACUCCAGAAAACUGGUGCCUCAUAUGCUGCCUCCCUGCGGAUGCUGCCGGCGAGCCUGGCGGUCCGCUGUACUACAAGGAUGUGCUGACUCGAUUCUACCUCGAAUUCUUCUACCCCCACGACUCGGAACACGAAUGUGACAGGACCAUCGGAGUAUCGACCUCUGGGCUCUGGCUUGUCAGCCGCCCCACCGAGGGCACCAUGAAGUAUGGCGAUCGCCAUCUCGCUGGCCUCUCCGCAGGCCCCCCCGACCGCGUCGAACUCAUCGGCGCGGGCUCUCUCGGCUACGGGACCGGCCCCAGCUUCGGCUGA